AUGAAGCACCCCAACGUGUGGGGACUCACACUAUUGAAGCACAACAACGUGUGGGGACUCACACUAGUGAAGCACCCCAACGUGUGGGGACUCACACUAGUGAAGCACCCCAACGUGUGGGGACUCACACUAGUGAAGCACCCAAACGUGUGGGGACUCACACUAAUGAAGCACCCCAACGUGUGGGGACUCACACUAGUGAAGCACCCCAACGUGUGGGGACUCACACUAGUGAAGCACCCCAACGUGUGGGGACUCACACUAGUGAAGCACCCCAACGUGUGGGGACUCACACUAGUGAAGCACCCCAACGUGUGGGGACUCACACUAGUGAAGCACCCCAACAUGUGGGGACUCACACUAGUGAAGCACCCCAACGUGUGGGGACUCACACUAGUGAAGCACCCCAACGUGUGGGGACUCACACAAGUGAAGCACCCCAACGUGUGGGGACUCACACAAGUGAAGCACCCCAACGUGUGGGGACUCACACAAGUGAAGCACCCCAACGUGUGGGGACUCACACUUGUGAAGCACCUCAAUGUGUGGGGACUCACACUAGUGAAGCACCCUAACGUGUGGGGACUCACACAAGUGAAGCACCCCAACGUGUGGGGACUCACACUAGUGAAGCACACCAAUGUGUGGGGACUCACACUAGUGAAGCACCCCAAUGUGUGGGGGCUCACACUAAGGAAGCACCCCAACGUGUGCAGACUCACACUAAUAAAGCACCCCAACGUGUGUGGACUCACACUAAUGAAGCACCCCAGCAUGUGCGGACUCACACUAAUGAAGCACCCCAACGUGUGCGGACUCACACUAAUGAAGCACCCCAACGUGUGCGGACUCACACUAAUGAAGCACCCCAACGUGAGCGGACUCACACUAAUGAAGCACCCCAACAUGUGCGGACUCACACUAAUGAAGCACCCCAGCGUGUGGGUACUCACACUAAUGCAGCACCCCAACGUGUGGGGACUCACACUAGUGAAGCACUCCAACGUGUGGGGACUCACACUAGUGAAGCACCCCAACGUGUGGGGACUCACACAAGUGAAGCACCCUAACGUGUGGGGACUCACACUAGUGAAGCACCCCAACGUGUGGGGACUCACACUAGUGAAGCACCCCAACAUGUGGGGACUCACACUAGUGAAGCACCUCAACGUGUGGGGACUCACACUAGUGAAGCACCCCAACGUGUGGGGACUCACACUAGUGAAGCACCCCAACGUGUGGGGACUCACACUAGUGAAGCACCCCAACGUGUGGGGACUAACACUAGUGAAGCACCCCAACAUGUGGGGACUCACACUAGUGAAGCACCUCAACGUGUGGGGACUCACACUAGUGAAGCACCCCAACGUGUGGGGACUCACACUAGUGAAGCACCCCAACGUGUGGGGACUCACACUAGUGAAGCACCCAAAUGUGUGGGGGCUCACACUAAUGAAGCACCCCAACAUGUGCAGACUCACACUAAUAAAGCACCCCAACAUGUGCGACUCACACUAA